GGGUGGGGACUGCUCCGCGCCCGGGCGGGGCCGUCGGAUCCCGCUACGUCCGGGUCACCGGAACUUUUUUUUUUUUUUCCCCCCCGCUUGCUUUUUCCCUUCUCGUAGCCGGAGAAAAACACUUUUAAGUUCUGGAAAUAGCGACUCCGUAAGAUGGCCACGAGCCUUCAGGAAGAGGCGGACGGGAGCUGUGUGCGUAACCACUCGUGAGAUUCGGAAUGACUGAGGUCACUUACGUGAAAGGAGACCUUUUUGCGUGCCCCAGAACAGACUCUCUGGCCCACUGUAUCAGUGAGGACUGCCGCAUGGGUGCUGGCAUAGCUGUCCUCUUCAAGAAGAAGUUUGGUGGGGUGCAGGAACUGCUACAUCAACAGAAGAAAUCUGGAGAAGUGGCUGUUCUGAAGAGAGAUGGGCGCUAUAUAUAUUAUUUGAUUACAAAGAAGAGGGCUUCCCACAAGCCAACUUAUGAAAAUUUACGGAAGAGUUUAGAAGCCAUGAAGUCCCAUUGUUUGAAGAAUGGAGUCACUGAAAUCUCCAUGCCCAGGAUUGGAUGUGGUCUUGAUCGUCUGCAGUGGGAAAACGUAUCUGCUAUCAUUGAAGAGGUAUUUGAGGCAACAGACAUCAAAAUUACUGUGUACACACUCUGAACAGAUGAACAUUUUGGACGUGUCUGUGUUCUCCUGUGUCAUCCCUCCUUGGCCAUAGGAAUGAGCAAACCGACUUUAAAAUGAGCAGAGGAAAAUGUUCAUGUAAAGGACUCAAUGUCAUAGGCAAUACCUAGGCUGCUAUAUACCAUUGCUUUUGGGACUCUGGUGGAGGGAUUACUUGGGAUAUAUUUCUAAUUUUUUUCAAGAGAUUCAGGAGUAUUGGCCUAAUACUAGGUGAGGAAAGGAGGGAGAUAGGACUGGUUUUGCUCCAGUAUGUGUCCUGAUUUGUUUAGCUGACCACUAGGUGGCAGCAUUGAAUCUUUUUCUCUGCUUUUUUACAAGAAAUUUCAGAAAGGGAAGGUUUGAGUCACUUAGGUUUGUUUUUAUUAGUUGUACACUUAACUUGGUGUUGUUCUUGUCAUCAAGUUUAUCCUAGGAGAAAAGUAUGUGUUGUUUUGUUUUCAUUACAAAAUAGAGAAUUGAGGUCUACUUUGUUACCAAGAAUUUAUGAUGACAAAAAAUGGAAAAAUAAAUCUUUUUCUUGGAGUUCA